GCAAGAUCGGCAGCAAGACCGACAGAUUGCGGGUCCAGGAGAGCAGCUCCCAGCGCCGCGUUUCCCUGUGACCCCGCAGCCACUCAGCAGACCUCCCAUCCUUCCCUGCAUCAUCAGGCAUUUGGGAGGCACCCUAAGGUGAUUCAGAGCCUGUUAGUAGGUGAUCGUGACAGAGACAAAGCCCAUGGAAGUGACUGGGCUGGGAGUGACCAGACUGGGUGACUUCUCCCUGGCCAGGAUGUCAGGCCUGGUGUUGGGGCAGCGGGAUGAACCUGCAGGGCACCGGCUCAGCCAAGAAGAGAUCCUGGGGAGCACGCGGCUAGUGAGCCAAGGGCUGGAGGCCCUACACAGUGAACACCAAGCUGUGCUGCAAAGCCUGUCCCAGACUAUUGAGUGUCUGCAGCAGGGAGGCCAUGAGGAAGGGCUGGUACAUGAGAAGGCCCGGCAACUGCGCCGUUCUAUGGAAAACAUUGAGCUCGGGCUGAGUGAGGCUCAGGUAAUGCUGGCUCUAGCCAGCCACCUGAGCACAGUGGAGUCAGAGAAACAGAAGCUGCGGGCUCAGGUGCGGCGGCUAUGCCAGGAGAACCAGUGGCUCCGGGACGAGCUGGCCGGCACCCAGCAGCGGCUACAGCGCAGUGAACAGGCUGUGGCUCAGCUGGAGGAGGAAAAGAAGCACCUGGAGUUCCUGGGGCAGCUGCGGCAGUAUGACGAGGAUGGGCACACUGCGGAGGAGAAGGAAGGCGAUGCUUCCAAGGAUUCCCUGGAUGACCUCUUCCCCAAUGAGGAGGAAGAGGACCCUAGCAAUGGCUUGUCUCGUGGCCAGGGCUCUGCAGCAGCCCAGCAGGGUGGAUAUGAGAUCCCAGCAAGGUUGCGUACAUUGCACAACCUGGUGAUCCAGUAUGCUGCCCAGGGUCGCUAUGAGGUGGCCGUGCCACUGUGUAAGCAGGCACUAGAGGACCUGGAGCGCACAUCUGGCCGUGGCCAUCCUGACGUUGCUACCAUGCUCAACAUCCUUGCUUUGGUGUAUCGGGACCAGAAUAAGUAUAAGGAGGCUGCCCACCUGCUGAAUGAUGCCCUCAGUAUCCGGGAGAGCACCCUGGGCCGGGACCACCCUGCUGUGGCUGCCACACUUAACAAUCUGGCUGUGCUCUAUGGCAAAAGGGGCAAAUACAAGGAGGCGGAGCCAUUAUGCCAGAGGGCACUGGAGAUUCGAGAAAAGGUCCUGGGCACUGACCACCCAGAUGUGGCAAAGCAGCUGAACAACCUGGCUUUGUUGUGCCAGAACCAGGGCAAGUAUGAGGCUGUGGAACGCUAUUACCAGCGGGCACUGGCCAUCUAUGAGGGGCAGCUGGGGCCAGACAACCCUAAUGUAGCUCGGACCAAGAACAACCUGGCUUCCUGUUACCUGAAACAGGGCAAAUAUGCUGAGGCUGAGACACUAUACAAAGAGAUCCUGACCCGUGCCCACUUGCAGGAGUUUGGGUCUGUGGAUGGCGACCACAAGCCCAUCUGGAUGCAUGCAGAGGAGCGAGAAGAAAUGAGCAAAAGCCGGCAACGUGAGGGCAGCACACCCUAUGCUGAGUAUGGAGGCUGGUACAAGGCCUGCAAAGUGAGCAGCCCCACAGUGAACACUACUCUGAGAAACCUAGGAGCUCUGUACAGGCGCCAGGGAAAGCUAGAGGCAGCUGAGACCCUGGAAGAAUGUGCCCUGCGUUCCUGGAAACAGGGCACUGACCCUAUCAGCCAGACCAAGGUGGCAGAGCUGCUUGGGGACGGUGACAGUAGAAGGACCUCCCAGGAAGGCCCUGGGGACAGUGUGAGGUUUGAGGGAGGUGAAGAUGCUUCUGUGGCUGUCGAGUGGUCAGGGGAUGGCAGUGGGACCCUGCAGAGGAGUGGCUCUCUGGGCAAGAUCCGGGAUGUGCUUCGUAGAAGCAGUGAACUCCUGGUGAGGAAGCUCCAGGGGACCGAGCCUCGGCCCUCCAGCAGCAACAUGAAGCGAGCAGCCUCCUUGAACUAUCUGAACCAACCCAGUGUUGCACCCCUCCAGGUCUCCCGGGGCCUCAGUGCCAGCACCACGGACCUCUCUUCAAGCAGCUGACAUUCAACCCAAUCCCCAGGUCUGCUGGGUCCCCCCACAGUCCUCACAGCAUUCCCCAUUCCUCCUGGCUCUUUCCCACCCCAAGGUGGGACAGUGAAGGGGGAGCAGUUUAACCAGAAGAUUGCUGCUGCCCUUAGGGUCUCAGCUCCCUCCUCAGGAAUCCCCCUUAGGGAAUAGCCCUCAGGAUACCCCCUCCUCACCCUGUGGUCUUCUAGAGUAGCUAGCUCUGAGGCCCCCAAGGUGGGUAAGACGCAGGUAUACACCUCAGAGAUGCAGCCUGCUGCUGGCUUUUCUGUCAGAGAGUUUGGGGUCGGCCAGCCAAGCAGCCUUGGUCUGGCCUCUCCUGUUCUGCCUCUCUGCUGCCUCACUUCAGGUCCAUGUAUUUCACUUUUCUUAAAUAAAAGAAUCAGGUAACCUUUC